AUGAAAGGAAAUACUCAUUUUCUUUUCUAUCUCUCUCUCUUCAACUUCUCCCUUUCCUUUUUCUCUUCUACCAAACACAGUGUAAAUGAAGAAGGAGAGGCCAUUGGACCAAGUCAAAAGAUAGUUUCUAAAUUCAUCAAUUUUUUGGGAUCAGUAGCAAGGAUGUCAGAUUUAUGUCCUCUUACUUACACAAAUUGGAAGGCUAUACCAAAGAAGAAGAAGACUAUAUGGGCCUAUGUCAAUAAAAGAUACAUUGUUCCAGAAAAAGGACAGAAGGAUGUAUAUGCUAUUAUAAAUGAUGCUUGGAGGCGGUAUAAAUGGUUGAUUAAGAAAAAUCAUUUUACUAAGUAUAGAAACUUGCGUGAGCGGCUGAAAAACCGUCCAGACGGCAUACUUGAAGCACACUUUAAGAAAUUAAUGACUUAUUGGAGAUAUGAAGCUAUUCGAGAAAUCAGUCAUCAAAAUGCUAAGAAUAUAGAUAAACAAAAAUGGAGACAUCGAGCGGGUUCCAUAAGCUUUGCUGUCAUAAGGGAAAGAUUGAGUAAAUAGUCAAUUUCCCCCCUGAAAUUGUAAGUUUCAUCAAUUACCCCCCUGAAAUUAACAAAACUUCAAUUAUCCCCCUGAAAUUUCACAACGUUAGUCAAUUUACCCCCUC